GGCAAGUGUUGUUAAGUGUUGUUGAUGAUAAGAAAACUAAUUAAAGUACGUUUUCUUGUAUCGAAGUCAUCGUGGUUAUUCUUCUAGUCAGUUCUUUAUUCUAGUUCUAUAAUUUUGAGAUUAUUGAUGAGCGUCAAUUCAAAGCUUCGGAAACGGAAAAUACUUGUGUAUGAACAAUGGUUUUUGAAGCAUCAUUAUUAUUGCUGAGGUUCAUUAGCUCAUGCUCGGUCAACUUGCUAUAAUUUUGGAAAAAUUCAUUACUGUGCGAAUAACGUUUAAAGUACCGUCUGACCUUAAUAAUUGAAAGUGGAAAGAUGGAUGAAGAAGACUUGAUUAGCGUGCCCAGAACCAUAAGGGAUUAUGUAAACUUAAUGGGUGGAAAGGUUUCAUUAGAAUCAUUGGAAUCAGAUUUCCAUAAAGCAUAUAAAACUAGUAUACCAUUCGACGAAUUGGGAUAUCCGGACCUUUAUUCCUUUCUGUUUUGCAUCAGAGGAAUUCGUGUUGUAGAACUCAAUGGCGGGUCUUACUUGAUAUCAAACACGCGAAAGAAAACUCCUUCGGUUGUUACGAACGGCGAAUCGGACGAUGUUUCAAACCUUAGCGUCCAGUUGACGAAUAAUUUAGUCUUCGAUGAGGAUACUUGUAAAAGGAAAGUUACUGUGAAAUCAUGUACCGGACAAGCGAAUAUGAACGCUAGAAAAUCAAUCAUUGAAAAAAUGAGUUUAUAUUCGAGCAGUUCGAGUGAAAGCGCAGUCAGUGAGGUGAACGACGCUCAGAAUAGUGAAACAUAUUCGCAAAAAUAUACGGAACCAGAAUCCCAGACAUAUCAAGAUUAUCAUUAUUACCCGAAUUUGGAGUUGGACAGUAACGUGUCAUCAAGUUUUAAUCAAGGCGCGUUCAAUUCUCCUAAUAUAUUCAACAACAAUGAGUAUUUCGCGCCGCCUACGACGUCUGUAGAUACCCCGAAUUCCAAUGCUCUGCCAUCGUACGCCAAUAAUCCGUAUUAUUUGCUGUUGCUUGAUUUAGUUGGUAAACAUUCUUUGGCGUUUCCUGUAUUUGAAACUCUUACCAGCGUGGCAUCCGAUAACGAAGGUAUUUCAUUCAACACCAUACUCAGAAUCGGAAACGAUAAUUUCAUCAGUCCAUCGUACAACGAUUUGUCUCUAACCAGCAUUCACGAAAAUUUGAUAAAAACAGCUUACGAGAGUUUGAAACAUAAGUAUGAAUUUUCGUUCGUUAAUGCUCAACACAACGUGAUUACGAGUAUUUUAGAAAUAAUCAAUUCGCAUAAGCAUGGCAUCAGUACGGAAUACAUCAAAGCGGCUUAUAUACAGAAAUACAAGAUACCUCCGCCCAUAGAUUGGAUUAAUUCGAUCGAGAAUACGAAUUCAGUUUACAUCGAACCGCUUUCUACGCAAGUUAUAAUACAUCCAUAUCGUGCAUUUUUGUCGCCAACUCCGUAUUCGAAUUCGCUGCCUGCUCAAAUAUUUCCUGCUUCUGAACCAUGGAAUAUAUUUAUAUCUAAUUGCGUGAACACCAACGCAAUUUGGUUCAGAAUUUUAGACGAAGACUAUGAGAUCAGAUACGUCGUUUUAUUAACCGAGAUGAACAAACACUACGAUCGUAACGUGUUAAGCGACGUGAAAACCGUUAAUGUUGGUGAAUUGUACGCGUGUUGUUUUGAACACAACUGGUACCGAGCUGAAGUUUUAUCAGCUGGUGAAAACUUCGCCGAGUGCCGUUUGAUUGAUAUGGGCAUUAAAAAAGAAUUCCUUUUACGGUCGUUAUUUCCACUGAACCAUAAAUUUGCCAAUACUCCACCGUUAGCUUUCCGUUGCUCGAUGGCCGGUUUAACCAAGUACGAGAACACGAAUUACGUAAGCUGCCAAUUGAUGAAAAUGCUCAAUAACGAAAUAGCCAUCGGUAAAUUGAAUUAUGAAACGAGUAAUAACCAGUUAUCUAUGGACAUAUAUUUAAGAAAUAAUGUUUUCAACGUGAGCGUCAACAAAUAUUUCCUAAAUAAGAUUCGAAACGAGUUACAUGUUCCCAAGAUUGCGCAAGUAGGUGAAGCAUUUGAUGUACAUCUACUAGCAGUUGACGAAUGCGGUGAAGCUCGAGUGCAAGUUGAAAGUGGAUCUUUGCAAUUAUUAAAACACGCGUUGGAUUGUGCUGCCAAACUGAUCGCUGAAGACGGAAAUAAACGAUCAUUUUACUCCUCGUCUCAUUUAAAACUCAACCUGGAGAAAAUCUAUCUAAUUCAGACGGAGAAAUCCUGGAAGAGAAUUAUGGUGAAAACCCUUCUCAGUGAAAACAAAGCAAAUGUUCAGUACAUCGAUACUGGCGAUUUUAAAGUAGUCGAUACGAGAAAUAUCGUUCACACUGAUUCUCUGCCUGAUACAUUGAUACAUAUUUCGCCUCAAUGUCAAACCGUUCGAAUAUCUAUACAGAAUGAUACCACGCAGAAAAUAAUCAGUUUCAUGAAUCGUAUUCGCUCUCAGACAGAUUUACAAAGUGCAGCGUUUACCGUAAAAGUUAUUAAAACUGAAAAAUAUCCAAUCGUGCAGUUAUAUAAGAAACAAAACAACGAUGAAGUUGUGCCUAUUAAAGAUAUUUUCCUCGAAAAAUGUGAUCAAGUCACCAGUAUCAAUUUCGUCAAUAAUCUAUGCAACAUACUACCCGAUAAUUUAUGCUUCGAUUUAUUCAACAACGUAUCGAGCUCGAAAGUUAUUCCUAAGUACCAGCUGAAUAAAGGCAGCAUCUAUAAAGUAGUCGUUUUAAAAGCGCUGAGUCCUUCAAAUUUCAUAUUAAAGAUCGAAAACAUCCCUAAAUUUGCCGAAUUCAUGCUCGAUCUAAAUAAUUACCAUUCGUUAUUUUCUCCGCCAUCGGUAUCAAAAGUUACUAUCGGACAGUGUUACGCUGUACAGCUCGAAAACAAUAUUUGGUAUCGUGGAUUAGCCUUAUACGUGAUGGAAGAUCUAAAAACUGUAGUUGUUCGUUUAGUGGAUUUCGCUGAAACUGUCUCGGUUCCAAUCACUGCCGUUUAUAAUACAUUGCCAGAAUUUUACGCUUUACCCGUACAAACUGUUAAUGCUAAAUUAUUCAACGUGAAACCAAUACGCGGAGAAUGGACCCAACAAGAUUGUUACCGAUUUAAAGAAAUCGUCUAUCAGAAAGUAUUGAAUUGUAUCAUCGUUGAUUUCUCCAAUACCUUUUGCAAGGUGAUUUUACUUGACGAUUCCAAUCAUAAUGAAAUGAUCAACGCAACUAAUGUUCUUCUAAAUGAAAGAAGAGCUGUACUCGAAGACAUUAAAGGUUAACCUUUCCACGGUAGUUACCUUCAGUUUGUUAUUGUAUUUUUUUGUUAAUGUAAAAUUCUAGAACUUGUUUCCUUGAUCUAUUUGCUCAUAAGCUCUAUUAUUUUCAUUUUAUUUAUUUUUUACUCCAAAAAUGG